CGCCGGGGCGCGUUCCGAGGAAAUUCGGGACUCCAGUUUCCCGGGGAAGAGGCGCGGCCGCAGCCCGGCGAGGGUGCGCAGGGCGGGCGCAGGUGGACCCCGGCGGCCCCGGCGCGCAGCUGUGACCUUGGCCGCGGGGGAGGGGCCGGGCCGCUGCGGGGCAGCCGCGGCCGCCAGAGGGGGCAGCGGAGAAGAACUUGCCCAACUUGGCGGCGCGGGCUGGGGCGGCUCCGCGCCUCCGCGCCCGCCUCCCCGGCCUCCGCCUUCUCCUCGCCCGCGAGCCUCCUCCCCUGGGCCCUCCUCCCGUCCUCCCGUCCUCCCCGCCGCCGCCGCCGCCGCCGCCGCCGGUCCCGGUGCGCGCCCAUCCCUGCCCGCAGCCCCGCGCACCGGUCGAGUCGCUGAGCCGCGGCCGCCGGACGGGACGGGACGGGUUGGGCCGGGCGCGCCCCCCGGGCCCCGUCGUGGGCAUGGGCGCGCUGGCCCGGGCGCUGCUGCUGCCUCUGCUGGCCCAGUGGCUCCUGCGCGCCGCCCCGGAGCUGGCCCCCGCGCCCUUCACGCUGCCCCUCCGGGUGGCCACGGCCACGAACCGCGCUGCUGCGCCCACCUCGGGACCCGGGACCCCCGCCGAGCGCCGCGCGGACGGCCUGGCGCUCGCCCUGGAGCCCGCCCUGGAGUCCGCCGCGGGCUCCGCCAACUUCUUGGCCAUGGUGGACAACCUGCAGGGGGACUCUGGCCGCGGCUACUACCUGGAGAUGCUGAUCGGGACCCCCCCGCAGAAGCUACAGAUUCUCGUUGAUACUGGAAGCAGCAACUUUGCCGUGGCAGGAGCCCCACACUCCUACAUAGACACGUACUUUGACACAGAGAGGUCCAGCACAUACCGCUCCAAAGGCUUUGACGUCACCGUGAAGUACACGCAGGGCAGCUGGACGGGCUUUGUUGGGGAGGACCUGGUCACUGUCCCCAAAGGCUUCAAUGGUUCUUUCCUCGUCAAUAUUGCCACUAUUUUUGAAUCAGAGAAUUUCUUUUUGCCCGGGAUUAAAUGGAAUGGAAUACUCGGCCUAGCUUAUGCCACACUAGCCAAGCCAUCAAGUUCUCUGGAGACCUUCUUUGACUCCCUGGUGACACAAGCAAACAUCCCCAAUGUUUUCUCCAUGCAGAUGUGUGGAGCCGGCUUGCCCGUUGCUGGAUCUGGGACCAACGGAGGUAGUCUUGUCCUGGGUGGAAUUGAACCAAGUUUGUAUAAAGGAGACAUCUGGUAUACCCCUAUUAAGGAGGAGUGGUACUACCAGAUAGAAAUUCUGAAAUUGGAAAUUGGAGGCCAAAGCCUUAAUCUGGACUGCAGAGAGUAUAACGCCGACAAGGCCAUCGUGGACAGUGGCACCACGCUGCUGCGCCUGCCCCAGAAGGUGUUCGAUGCAGUGGUGGAGGCUGUGGCCCGCGCAUCGCUGAUUCCAGAAUUCUCUGAUGGUUUCUGGACUGGGUCCCAGCUGGCUUGCUGGACGAAUUCGGAAACACCUUGGUCUUACUUCCCUAAAAUCUCCAUCUACCUGAGAGACGAGAACUCCAGCAGGUCAUUUCGUAUCACAAUCCUGCCUCAGCUUUACAUUCAGCCCAUGAUGGGGGCCGGCCUGAAUUACGAAUGUUACCGAUUCGGCAUCUCCCCUUCCACAAACGCGCUGGUGAUCGGGGCCACGGUGAUGGAAGGCUUCUACGUCGUCUUUGACAGAGCCCGGAAGAGGGUGGGCUUCGCAGCGAGCCCCUGUGCAGAAAUUGCAGGUGCCGCAGUGUCUGAGAUUUCUGGGCCGUUCUCAACGGAGGACGUAGCCAGCAACUGUGUCCCCGCCCAGUCUUUGAGCGAGCCCGUUUUGUGGAUUGUGUCGUAUGCGCUCAUGAGUGUGUGUGGAGCCAUCCUCCUUGUCUUAAUCGUCCUGCUGCUGCUCCCGUUCCGGUGUCAGUGUCGCCCCCGGGACCCUGAGGUCGUGAAUGAUGAGUCCUCUCUGGUCAGACAUCGCUGGAAAUGAAGAGCCAAGCCGGACCUCAAGCAACCGUGGACUCAGCUGUUAAAAAAAAAAAAAAAAAUCAGAUUUCAAGGGCAGCGGCCACUGGUCUUCAAUUUCCAUUCUGCUCCCAGAUGCCUUCCAGAUUCACUGUCUUUUGAUUCUUGAUUUUCAAGCUUUCAGAUCUUCCCUACUUCCAAGAAAAAUGAUAAUGAAAAAAAAAAAAAAAUCUAAACCAAAACAGAGUGGAUUGGGCUGCAGGCUCAGUGGGAUUGGUUAUGCCAAACUGUCUAGGUGUGCCAGGAACACAAAACAAAACCAAGUGUUGGCUAGUUCUCUUCUGUCUCCGAUCUCUGGAAAAAUACGUGCACAUAGUUAACUCCUCUUAGCUCACGGGAAGCUUUUUGUAUUAAUCACCUUUGAGGGUAUUUUGUGCCAGACCUCAACCUGGGUCAAAGUGGUAUAAGAAGGCUUGCAGUAUGAUGGCAGGAGAAGCAGCCUGGGGCCUGGGGAUGUCACUGUGCUGUCCCCUUCGGAGCUGGAAAAAGAGCCACAGGCCCCUUUUGUGGGUUUCUCUGUGCUCUGAGUGGGAGCCAGAAUUCACUAGGAGGUCAUCGACUGAUGGUCCUUACCAGCCUCUUGUGAAGAUGGAAGGCCUUUUGCCCAUCGAGGUAGAGUGGGAAGGAAACCUCCUCUUUUGUACCCAAUACUUCUGUUGUGUUGUUGGUGCGAAAGUAAAAACACUACCUCUUUUGAGACUUUGCCCAGGGUCCUGUGCCUGGGUGGGGGUGCAGGCAGCCUUGACGGCAGCUGUUCCCCUCACCCAAAAGAAUUAUCAUCCCAACAGCCAAGACCCAACAGGUGCUGAACUGUGUGUGCAUCGACCAGGAAGAGAGUUCUGUCACCAAGCUGGCCACUAUCACAUAUGCUUACUCUUGCUUAAAAUUAAUAAAUCGUGUUUUCAUGAAAAAAAAAAACCUCUUCUAUCUCACUAGCUUAGUUGUCUCUUUUUUCAAAUCUUCUCUAGAAGUAGGUUGGUUAUUACCCUGUUGGGAAACAGGGAAAUGGCCUGAUGCCCCUAUUUCUGACCAGCUGUUGCGGAAGGAAGAUGCAAGAUGUACAGAAGACACGAGGGAGCAUCUACUAAUCCCCAUGCUUCGAAGCUGCCUGUCUCCCUUUGCAGAACCGGCUAGGCUCAAGGAUACCCAUCAAUCAGCUUAAAUUGUUUAGCAGUUGACCUCUGUGCUUCUUCCCUCGGGGGUGUUUAAUCUUUGGUAACAGGUGUACAGUGGUAGCCUUAUGUGGGGCAAUCCCUACUUUCUGUCACCCAUUGAGGCCUUUGCCAAAGAAAAGUGGAAGCCCUUACCUCGACAUAGCCAGCCUUCUGUGAUCUGAUGUCAUUAAGAGAAGAGUUGAAAGACUAUCCCUUCUCUCCUGCUUCUGUGCCAAGCUCAGUGUUCACUCUGCAUUUCUUUUGGGGUGGGUUGGAUAUAUUACAGAAUUCCACCCAAAGUGCUAAGUGUCCCCUCCUGCAGAAGUGUCGUUGGUAUUCACAGUAGGCUGUGUGUGGAUGUUUCAGCCAUCUGCUCUGCUCCCUGGGUCCCCGGGUCACGUCCAUACUGAGAAGUAUGUGGCUGUGCCAAAGAGACGUGGAGGCCACGUCGGCUUGUCAUGGUGUCCUGGAAGACUCUGCAGCAGCCAGAAGAACCUUCUGUGCUGUUCUCACUAGAGAAGAUUUGAGUUGCAGCUCGGAAGGAACAUGACGGCAUGGAACGGGAGGAGGGGGCUCUUGUAUCAGGGCCCAUUGUCACGCCUGUUCUCAGUUUGUUGAGGACUCAAAAUCUCAGAGUGCAUUUCAGAGGGAGAGAUGUCUGAAAGUCAGAUUCUCUUCUCAACCCAUUGGCUUUUUCCGUGGUUCCUGUUUUGUGGGCCACUUUGCGUAAGAGUGAUGCCAGCACCCCUAGAUUGUGCCUUCCCCUUGCUAUGAAAAAUGCAAACCCCUGAAAUAAAAGGCGGGAAUUGCAGGUAUGACCUGGUUAAUUUUCCUGCUUAUUUCUUUAUACAGGCAGUUUCUGUUUCAUUGUAUUACAUUAGGUUUCAGAGGCGGGAAGCUUACUCCUGCUGCACAUGAACAGGCAUGGUUCUCGGAAUACACAAAAGUCACAGCUAGGUUUCCCGGUAGAGUAGGUGAAUGAAGUUUGCCAUCAUGCUCUCUUGUAUUUCAUAUUAAAUUUCUUUAUCUUUUCCUAUCGCAUGUCAUUGGAUGUGACAUUUUGAUGAAAAUACUGAAAUUACAGAAGCAUAACUUAGCAACAAGAAUGAAAUAGACAAUUGAAUGUGGGACAUUUUUCUGGCAUGCCUUCCAGCUCAGAAUUGGACUUCCAGUCAAACCCCUGUUAGUGACACCCACCUCCUCCAGUUAUGUAAAUGAAUGCUUGGCUUGGCAAGCCUUCAAGGAGGUUUGGCUUGGAACAGGAAAUGAAUUAGCAACCCUUUGAGGGUGUCAUUUUUACCUUGUAAUACGCUGUGGAAAAUACUGGAAGGCGGUCCUUGCCUGAAAGGUGCAACUUAGCAUUAGGUUGUUAUCAGAAACGUUGUCAGGUCUGAUGGGAAAUGGGUGCUUCUAUAUAGACAAUAUUAUUUUAGGACGCUGCUUCAUUUUCUUGAUAACUUCUUUCAAAGUCUGAAAUGAAAUCCUGCCUUCAGUAACUGAAACCAUUUAUUAAAAAUAGCAAGAAACGAGAUGGGGACCCAUUCUAUUUUUAUUCUUGGGAAUUUAAAAGAGCCGCAAGUGAUUGAUGUCAGCUCUCCCAGCGUGUACUGUACAAGAUUUUGUAUUUCUCCUCAACCAAAAACAAGUACCUUGCACUCAAGAAAAAGAUGCCCCAUGUGCGACCGCGGGGAAUGUUUUUCUAGAAAAUGUUCCACUUCUGAACACUGCGAAGGACAUUACCUGAUUCGUGGUGAAACACAGAGGUUUUGAUUGGGGAUAAAUUUGGGGUCACUUACAGUUCAAACUUGUGGAAGUCGUUCCCAGGAAGACAGCAUUAAUUACUCUGCAGAGCUUUGGGUAAUAGAUCUUGAAAAGCAACUGUGAAUUGGGGAUUCCAUCAUUUCAUUUAAGAGGUGAAGAGGGAUUUGAUUAUUUAACACGCCAGGUGCAAACUUGUUAAAUUCCUCUUCCCUGUCCCUGCUUGGUGGAGCUGCCCUGUGCAGCUCAGUGCUAAGUUCUGGCCUAAUGCCACUCGAUAUCAUUGGGAAUAAAUCGCUGUUCAGCUGUCUGUUCCACAAACAACAGUAAUUGAGCUUCACAGACUUUAUCCUGAUUAGUGGAAAUCAAAUAAUUGGGUGGAAUUCCCAUGCCUGUCCUCUUGCACAAACUUAUUAGAAUUGAUUAGAGAACUGUUUGGAGGAAAAACUUGCCACUAAGAUUUUUUUUUUUUUUUUGACUAAGCACCAUAAAGUGUAAAAUUAGAGGUUUGGGCCAAAAGAGGUACUAAAUUUUUUUAAUGCCAGGAAAACUCCAUGCCAUGCCACAGAAGUUAUUGUGUACAUAUUUAGGGAGUUUUAAGAAUUUCACAUUUGAACUUAACAACAGUUUACCUCUUAAAUGGUAGGCUGGAAAAAUACAUUUUGAGAGGGAUAGGGAGAAUAAGUACAUAAUUAAAAGUAUGCUAACAAAGUAAGCAGAAGAUAUUCUUUUAGAAAAUGCAGUUUAGACCAGGUGCGGUGGCUCAUACCUGUAAUCCCAGCACUUCGGGAGGCUGACACAGGUGGAUCACCUGAGGUCAGGAGUUUGAGACCAACCUGGACAACAUGGUGAAACGCUCUCUCUACUAAAAAUACAAAAAAAGAGCCAGGCGUAGUGUUGUGUGCCUGUAAUCCCAGCUACUCAGGAGUCUGGGGCAGGAGAAUCACUUGAACCAGGGAGGCAGAGGUGGUAGUGAGCUGAGAUCGUGCCACUGUACUCCAGCCUGGGCAACAGAGCGAGACUCCAUCUCAAAAAAAAGAAAGAAACUACAGUUUAAUUCCAGCCAUCCUCAGAUUUCUUUUCCCUUUAAAAUGGCUGAAGAAUCCAUUGGAGAUGUGAUUCAUUUUGCAGAGCCACGAUUUCCAAACUUAAGGAAUAUUCAAGUGGGAGACGUGUCAAUGACAGCUUUGACAGAGGGAGACUGGCCGGGUGGCCCGGUGUUGCCCACAUGGAGCAAGGAUUGAUUCUUCCAGCAGAUGAAGAGUACAGGAUGGCUGGUGCCUGGCAAGUUCCAGAAUCUGGGAAGGGAGCGGGGCAAGAAGGAGCCAGAAGCGAGGUCCCACCCUUCAGGGGGCAGUGGGCCACACAGGUCCGCACCAGCCAAGAACGACCCUAGGAUGACGUGGGUACCUCAGUUCACCCCACGUUUUUGGCACAGCCUACUUUUUAGGAAUUUUCUAAAGGAGCUUCUCAGGACUGAUUAUUUGUCAGAGGAACAAUUAGCCCAAGAGAAACUUGCUUGAUGGCCAUAUGUAAAACACACCUAUCCUAAUAAAACUAGAGAGACCUCAAGGACCGAGCAGGACACAGGCAAAUUCAAGGUCAUGCACCAGGAAGUUUGUAGGGCAGGGUCAAGCGACUGAGGCCAAAGGGAGCUGGCAUCGUGACCUGUGGGGUCUGAUCAUCUGGAAGGCUCCUGGCAGCAGUUACCCUGGUAGUGUCAUUGAGAGGCCCCGCAGCUCGGCCCUCACUGCUUCCGCCAGCUCUGCUGAGCCAGCCCAGCCCAUGCGUUGGGAAUGCCUGACAGCUUUCUUCUCUAGAAUAUCUCCUGUCACUGACUUCCACAAAAGGAGCUCCCUCCUGUCUCACUGGUGCCAGCGUGGGAGCCCUGCUCCCCAGGAUUCGCGUCCCCGGAAGGUCCAAGCUGUCCGGGAGCACACCCAGCCCCAUUCAGGGUCAGUGCGGGAGGGACGAGGGAGGCUGCCGAGCAGGAACCAGGGUUUUCAGAUGUAGGUGGCUCCCUGGGCUGUUGGUGUCACCCCAGGGGCGGGCGAAGGCUGUUCGCCACAUCUGUGGAAUGUGGAAAUGAGAGCAAAGCCAUGCUUCUUCGUGAUGCCACCAAAACCUCAAGUCACAUCAGCGGCUGGUAUCUCAUAGGUGUUGAGGAUACGUAACUUCCACCAAUAAAUGCAGUAUUUUCUUCCCUGCCCCUGAGCUUCCUCUAGGUUUCUUAUCAGAUAUUACACAGAGACAUCCAGUGCUUAUAAACUAUAUCGUGUAACUUUUACAUCACACUUGCUUAAAAACCACAUGGUGGGUAGCGACUGGGCCAAGAGGCAUCGCAAAGCUUCCUGAUAAAUUUGAAACCAGCCCUGGCAAGAGUGACGUGCAGGUACCUGGUCCCUGAUGCUUGUGUGCCCCGCUGAGCCUCGGAUACUUGUGGGACACUACUGUGAUGAGAGCAGCCAUCCUGGUAUCUCCAUCAGCAUCUCGGGAAAGAAGGUGAUAGUGAAAUAUCUGUCUCUCCUCUGGGAAUCAGGGGAGCUCUAAGAAGUGGGUAGUUCUCUUUACAGAUGGAUAAUUAUUUGUAUGAGGCCAACCAGUUAAAGUCCAAACGUACAGAACACACAUGUGCCUACACUUAGCCUUCUGAGUCAAAUAUUUUGCCAGUAUAGAUUUGUAAUUAUAUAAUUAUAGAUGAUAGAAUGAAAUCUACAUUAUAUGAUGUAGAUUUCAAUAAGUUAGGCACAGCUGUCACUUUAGUGAUAUCAAUAAAAGGCUAGAAACCUUGAGCAUCUUUGGCAACCUAGCCUUUGAUGUCCAUGAUUUUCCAUAGGAUUUUCUUCUUUUGGGUUGGAAUAAAAAUGUGUUUUUAUUCACAAGGCAUGGACAGAUCAGAAUACCGUAAGGAAGGAAGUAUCUCCAAAGGUCAAGACUGACUGCUUUCUGUUGAGUGCCAUGUAUGGAGGUCACUGAAAGCUCCCUGAUAGGAGUAUGGUUUCGCUUGCUACAUUGUACCUAUUGAAGUAAAAUUUCACACAAGUCUCACAUUUCUGAGAUUAGUGUUCCUGAAUGGAAUGUUAAGAAAGACAUUAAAAGAUUAUCUCUUUUUAAGAUGGAGGGGAAAAAGUGAACAAAGCUAAUUAUAAUGAAAAUUGCACAACAUAUCAUUUCUUAAAUAAUGUAAUGCAAUUUUGUGUUCUUUGUUGCUAGUGGUAUAAAAUGAGAUUUUUUCCCCUCAUUUUUAAAAAUUGUAGAUGUAAUUUCACGCAUUUUUAUCAGUGAGGUUUGAAAUUCUGUGCAGCAAUUACUCAGCACAUGUGAUAGGGCAGAGAAUGAAUGAGGUUUGUCAUGUCCUAAUAAAAGCCGAAUUUUUAAAAUCUCAAAUGAUGUAUUUUCUACUAUUGCUGUUAAUUUGCAUUGUUAAAAAGUCUUGAAGUUUAACGUGCUAUGUUUAGUCAUUGAAAGCGACCACUCAUGUCUUCCUGAAGUUUCUGGCUUUCCUGCUGUGCUAGAGUCAGUAUUUUGCUUCUGGCAGAAGAGCUGCGAGCCAUGUGUCCUCACACAGAUGCAAAAAGUCGUGCUUUGCAAAACGUUUGUUUUGUGUUUAUCGCAGAUUAACAUCCUUUAAUACAUGUUUCUUAAGUGUAACUUGUACUUUUGAAAAUGCUUAAAAUUAUUUUAUAUUUCCCUUUUGGAGUUUUGCUCUAUUUCCAGCACGCUGAUUGAUUUAAAAUUGUAAUAGGACCAAGAGUUGGAGUAAUGCGAUAUUCAUUUCAUCUUAAAAGUCGCUUCAUAGCUACUGAUUAAUGUCUGAACCAUUGUUGUGCCCUUCAGAACUGGAAUUUUCUAAAAAUAAUCUUAUUUUUAUACUUGUAUGUUCCAGCAAUUUAAGAUACAUACCAUUGAAAGGGAGAUAAAACAUUUUUCUUUAUUUGAAUAAAUAAUACUUCCAA